CGACGGGGUCCAAAGUCCAUCGACAGCAGUAGGCCGACAGUGUCAAACCCAGCCGUUUUGGCUGCCUCGCUGGAGACACUUGUCGGUUUAAAGCCGUUCUCAUUUUUCAUCCUGACCAUGAUGGAGAUUCCAGUAUUUAUGGUGGAUGCCUUCACUAACUUACCGUUCAAGGGAAACCUCGCGGCAAUAUGUCCACUCGUGCAUGAGCUGACUGAUCAUUUGUAUCAGAAGAUAGCAGCAGAGAUGAACCAGUCAGAAACAGCUUUCAUCACCAGGAUCAAACCCUCUGACAGUUUCACUACAGGAUCAAGGUUCCGUCUCCGAUGGUUUACACCAACCACUGAAGUGAAUCUGUGUGGUCAUGCUACCCUGGCUUCUGCAGCAGUGCUGUUCCAGUAUAAGCAGAACGUGAAUCCCGUACUGGUGUUUGAGACCAGGAGUGGAGAUCUGGCUGUCACCCAGAAGGGGGAAGGCUACGUCAUGGACUUUCCUCUCAACCCACCCACCCAAGAGGAUCCCAGUGAGUUCAGAGACGUCAUCAAGACAGCAGUUGGAAACCACCCAGUUCAGGAUGUUUGUCUUUGCUCCAACACCAAGAAACUGUUGGUUCGACUGGCUGACAGUUGUGACAGGUCAGUGCUAACCCAUCUGAAAGUUGACCCUGUUGCCCUUCAGAACAGUGAGAGGAGUGGAAGAGUCAAAGGAGUGAUCCUCACCAUGAAAGGGUCUCCAGACUGCCAGCCAGGAUACGAUUUCUACUCCAGGUACUUUGCUCCAUGGAAUGGUAUCCCGGAGGAUCCUGUCACUGGUUCUGCCCAUACGGUCCUAGGUAGCUACUGGUCUGAGAAACUAGGAAAGAAGAAAAUGCUGGCUUACCAGUGCUCCAGUCGAGGCGGGGAGCUGGAGCUGGAAGUGAGAGAUGAUGGAAGAAUCAACAUAGCUGGACAAACCAUCACUGUACUGAAGGGAACAAUCACACUGUAAGCGAAGAGCGAUGGAGACGCUGAGACAGUCAACACAUACCUGUCCAGAGAAGACGACACAGGCUUUGUACCAUUUAAUAAAAAUGAGGUUUAAAUUUAAAAAAAAGCAAAAAAGUCUCAAGUCCAGAGUGGUCAUUCUAAUAAUCAAUCUGCUAACCACCAAACUAAGGGAUAGAAAGGACAUCGCACACUGUUAGGAUUUGAAUUAUUUAUUCACAUACCACAACAGCAAAAAAGAACAAUAUAAAUAGUAAAAACCAAAUGAAAAAACAAAACUUGUAAAUGGAAAGUUGUGUUGGAAGUAAAACAGAUCAAUAGUAGAAGCACAGCUAGCUAGGUGGUCGGGACGUCAUCUAAAACUCUCUGCUCACAGUAAAAA